CUUCUCCAUUGCCGCCGCCUUCGUGGCCGGCUCCUCGUUCUUCAGUCUCCUCAGAAUCCGUCAGCUCCACUGUGUGCGCGUCCAGCCGCCUCGAUGUUGCCACUCACAAUCUGUCGCAUGUCCUACAACGACGCCGAAACACUCAAUCCUAACCUCCCCACCACCGCAGCCGUCAAUCUCCCAGAGUUGAGGGGAAGGGUCUUCUUCGUGCCACGUGGCACAACGGGUUCGCUCGCCUCGGUCGUAGGCAUCGCCAUUUCGCUGGCAGACGUCUUUCUAGCUGAUCCGAGUUACCUGGAGGAUCGUCGCUGAACGAUAGCGGCGAUGGGUCCAGGUCUCGGUGGGACGUUCACCGUUUCUCACUCGU